AUGGAUCUAAAACCGGGAGUUUUGCAGCAUAGGCCGGAGGGCGAGCUUGUAGUGGACGAGGACGCUCUCGAGUUCCUGGAAGAUUGCGAACAUCGAGAAAAGCAGCUUAUUCGACGGAUAGAUUGGCGAUUGUUGCCUAUCAUUGGUGCGCUGUAUGCCAUAUCUCUCAUUGACAGAACCAAUAUAUCGAGCGCCCGUAUAGCAGGCUUGGACAAAGAGUUGAAACUGUAUAUUGAUUCACGGUACUCUGUCGUUCUGCUAGUAUUUUUUAUUCCGUAUUUCAUCUUUGAGCUCCCGUCAAAUCUGCUUUUGCGAAAAGUUGGCAGCGCCAUAUGGCUGGCCGGUAUUUCACUUGCCUGGGGAUCAAUUAUGCUAGCAUCGGGCUUCGUGCACGACUAUCCAGCUUUGGUCGCGUGUCGAUUCUUCCUUGGUUGUUUUGAGGCUGGAUUAUUCCCAGGAUGUGUUUAUCUUGUCUCAUGUUGGUAUGUGAGAUAUGAAGUCCAGACCAGACUGGCCAUAUUCUACCUCAUUUCGGUCCUCGCUAGCGGAUUUUCAAGUAUCCUAUCCUUUGGGCUCAUUCAAAUGGAGGGUCUUGCCGGCUUCCAUGCAUGGAGGUGGAUCUUUAUCGUUGAAGGGGCCUUGACUCAGGCUAUCGCGAUAGCAGCUUAUUUUAUCAUCAUAGAUUUUCCCGACAGGGCCGCAAAGACAGGAUUCCUCUCAUCAAACGAGGCAAAAUACAUCUCACACCGUCUGGAGAAGGACAGAGCCGAUUCGGUCCCUGAUCCGCUCACUCUUGUUAAGCUGAAGACCCAUUUGGCAGACUGGAAGCUAUGGACAUUGUAA